AUGGAAAGAAUACAAAUAAUAUCAAAUCAUUUAGUAGCAGGUGAAAUUAAACAACAAAAAAAAGCACAACCAAGUGCAACAGAUUUCUUUGAUUUCGAUGGACUUUUAACAGAAAAGGAAUUAGCAAUUAGAAAAAAAGCUGAAAAAUUUGCAAAAGAAGAAAUUAAUUCAUUAAAUAUUAAUGAAUAUUAUGAAAGAGCAGAAUUUCCAUUACCAAUUAUUGAAAGAUUAAAAGGAUUAAAUUGGGUGGGUGCAAAUAUAAAAGGAUAUGGUAGUCCAGAGUUAACAUCAAUGGAAUUAGGUUUGAUUGCAAUGGAAAUUUCAAAAUCAAGUGCAGAUAUUGCAACUUUUUAUACUAUACUUUUGAAUAUUACAAUGUUGGCAAUUUAUUAUUCAGGAUCAGAACAACAAAAACAAUAUUAUUUACCAAAGAUGACAUCAUUGGAAAAGAUUGGUGCAUUUGCAUUAACAGAACCUGAGGCAGGAUCAGAUGCAGCAGGUUUAAAAUGUACAGCUAAGCAAUUACCAAAUGGUGCUGGUUGGAUAUUGAAUGGUGAGAAACGUUGGAUUGGUAAUGCACCAAUGGCUGAUAUAAUAGUGAUUUGGGCUAGAAAUAUUGAUACAAAUAAAAUUCAUGGUUUUAUACUUGAGCCUUCAAAAGUAGCAAGUGGUGGCGAUCAAUUAAGAAUUGAAACUCUUCAAAAGAAAUUUGCAUUUAGAAGUGUUCAAAAUGGUCAUAUCUUUAUGAAAGAUUGUUUCAUAGCAGAGGAUCAAAGAUUAACCAAUGCAUUGGAUUUCAAUAGUGGUCCUGGUAAAUGUUUAUUCCUAACUAGAAUAGUGGUUGGUUGGAUUGCAUUGGGAGUCGCUAGUAAUGCCUAUGAAAAAUGUUUACAAUAUGUUAAGCAAAGAAAUCAAUUUGGUCAACCAUUAGCUCAAUUCCAAUUGGUUCAAGAGAGAUUGGUUAAAAUGUGUUCAAAUAUUCAAGCAAUCUCUUUGAUGUGUCAUCGUGUUUCACAACUUUUCGAUCAAGGUAAAUUAUCAAGUGGUCAAGUUGGACUUUUAAAAGCUUUCUCAACCUCAAAAGCCCGUGAAGUAGUUUCAAUGGCUCGUGAAUUAUUCGGUGGUAAUGGUAUACUUUUAGAUGAUAUAGGUAGAAAUUUCCUUGAUAUGGAAGGUAUCUAUACCUUUGAAGGUACUUAUGAUGUAAAUACUUUAAUUGCUGCAAGAGAAAUUACUGGAUUAUCUGCUAUAUCUUCAAUAAAUCAUUCAAAAUCACAACAACAACAAAAAUAA